UUUAUGUCUUUAUGAAUGACGACAUCAGAAACUUUCGGGUUUCGCGCUAAGGCGAGCACAGGGGAAAGAAGCAAUGAAAUCAGGUUGAGGGUUUGGUUACUCAUGACGAAGAAGUCGAAGAAAAAGGCGAUCAAAACAGGGUCCAGACACAUUGACAAACCUGGUUUGAUUCUUUCAGUGAAUCUGCAACUAAAUCUAAGCGACAAAGAUAAUUCAAAAGGCGAUUUAGAUAGAAGAAAAAGUUUCUAUCAACAGAAGAAAAAAGUGAAGAAGAACAAACACCAGGUUCCACAAGAGGAAGAAACAGAACGGCUUUCCUAUCCUUUUGAUUUGUGGUUUCAUGUUGGCAGAUUUAUUGCCCCAGAUCAAGUGAAAACAUUUGCCUUGAUUUGCUGUGCCUGCUGGAAAGUUACUCACACCUCCUAUUUUUGGCUCUCUCUUUAUAAGAGGUUUGUUAGAGAUACUGGUGUUCUGCCAUUCCGAUUACAGUCAGAUAACAUUGAUUCUGGGCCAGGCCUUCAGUCAAAAGUGGUGAGGUCAUUAUAUUUUGUGUAUCCACUGUUAAGAGAGGUUUAUAGAAGUGAUUGUACAGAAGUAACUAACCGAAAGUGCGUGCUAUUUUGGUGGAAGAAAGAGUUUUCAUCAAAGAAAGGCACUUAUAUUUGGAAUUAUUUCUUCAAGCUAGCCAAAGGGAACAGCAAAAGAAGCUUAAAAGAAAAUCAAUUGUGGUGCAACCCCGAGAAGCAAAAUAUUGUUGUAAAGAUAAGGAGUCCGAAUUUCAUUCAUUUUCAGAAAUCGGCCAUUGGAAUGAUUCUGACAUCAUUUAAUUCCUGUAUGAGUACUGAUAUGAGAUAUCAUCAAAUAAAGACAAUUUUUCAUUAUGAAGGGACAGCAAGGAGUUACAACAAGAAUGAUGGAAUGCAUAUGUGCUUCAAUCCUGUAAUAGACGUCAAUAUCUUACCAUGGUGGAACCCAAGUUAUCCGUAUCAUGAAGAAUAGGAUUUGAAAUUAAUUUUUAGAAUCAAUUUUCAGAACUAGAACUAUGUUUUCUAAUGUUACAUAAUGGGAAUGGUCUUCACUAUGCAAGCUUCUCGUUUCAAUAUGUGCCAACACAUGAAAGAUUUGAGAAGAA